CACUAGAAGUUGCUUCUGGUGCUAGUGUUAAAUCCAGGCGCCUCCAUGGCUGAAGGAGCUAUCUCCAGUAUGAUUCCCUUAUCUAAAGAAGUUGCAGACCUUUAUCUCGCUCUUGAAUGACGUGUCGAGGCUUAUCGGAUGAGCUGUGCCAUAGUCUGGCAUCAUUGUCAUUUUUUUUUGUUAGGCUUGGAAUGAUAGAACCCCCUAGUACAUGAUAUAAGAAGGCCUCUGGCCCAAUAUCCAAACCCAGCCGCAAAAACCGGCAUUGAUACAGACGGAGGAGAUCAUUUUCAUUCGAUCCUCAAGAGAGCUCUCCCGUCCUCCUCAACAAGCCUCCAAACCCGACCAGUUUCGCAUAUUCGAGUGUACGAGCCGCAAAGAUGUCUCCACAGCCUUUUCAAAGCGAUGCAAAGAAAUUAUCCGAUGGGGACACUCAUACACACAAAGAGCCUUCCAGCAUAGCCGAGGGCGUCCCUGAAACCCACCUUGUUGUUACCGAAGCAGAGAAGCGUGUAAUCAGGAAACUAGAUAUCCACAUUGUUCCGUUAAUAAUGGUACUGUAUCUUCUGUCGUUCAUGGACCGGGUCAAUAUUGGAAAUGCGAGACUCUACGGACUCGAGGAUGACCUUGGUCUAAGCACAAAUCAGUACCAGCUCUGUGUCAGCAUUCUGUUCGUCACUUAUGUCAUCUGCGAGCUGCCCAGCAACCUGGUCCUCAAGACAAUGAAGCCGUCUCGGUGGCUCGCAUUUCUUGCUGUGGGGUGGGGCCUCGUGGCGACAUUCAUGGGAUUUUGUCAAAGUUUCGGCAGCAUGAUUGCUUGUCGUCUUCUCCUGGGUGCAGUCGAAGCAGGUCUUUUCCCUGGGCUCGUCGUCUACUUGACAGUCUUCUAUACCAAGAAGGAGAUUGCUCUUCGUAUGGCUUAUCUUUUCGUCAGCGCUGCUCUGGCCGGGGGAUGUGGCGGUCUUUUCGCGUUUGCGAUCGGUCAUAUGGACGGACUCUGUGGUCUCCGCGGCUGGCGGUGGAUCAUGAUCAUCGAAGGGAUCCCAUCUGUCCUCGCUGGAAUUGCAUGUUGGUUUCUGAUGGCCGAUGACCCGGAACACUGUACCUAUCUGAAUGACGAGGAUCGAGCCGUACUCAUCGCCAAACGCAACAGGCAACCUGGUUUCUCAACUUCCGGCUUGGAAAUGCACAAGAAGGAUGUGGUUGCCGCAUUCAAGGACUGGAAAGUCUGGGCAAUGUGCCUGGCACACUUUGGAGGAGACACGAUGUUGUGGGGUUACUCUUCUUUCCUCCCUACCAUCAUCCAUUCCCUAGGUACAUGGACCCCUGCGCACGUGCAAGCCUUAACUAUUCCGUGCUAUGCUGCAGGAGCCAUUUCCUACCUGAUUGUGGCAUAUCUGAGCGACAGGACACAGGUACGCUCCCUCUUUGCGACUGGGGCAUGCUUGACUUCAAUUGCCGGCUAUGCGCUACUCCUCAGCCCGGUACCUGAGGGAGUCCACUACUUUGGCUGCAUCCUGGUGGCUCUAGGUCUCUAUUCAGCUGUUGGUAUCCCAAUCGCUUGGCUACCAACAAACUAUCCCCGCUACGGCACCAGAGUUACUGCCAGCGGACUUCAGAUGACUAUGGGCAAUGCGGCUGGAAUCUCCGCGCCAUUUCUUUUCCAAACCGCAGCUGGUCCUCGAUACUAUACGGGUUUCGGAACCACAUUAGGUCUCUUGGUCUGGGCCGCCGUCAUCUAUUCCACUAUGGGUUUCGUAUUUGCUCGAAUAAAUAAGCAGAGAGAUGCCAUUGGAGAAUCCCUGCAUGAGUCGACGGCGCAGGAAAUGGCUGAACUCGGGGACAAAAGUGUGCACUUUCGGUAUACCGUAUGAGAGCUGUCCCUGGGAAGUCAUAGUUAGCUCUUUGGAAGACAAGAUCGUGGGUAACACAAGAUACAUAGAGCUUUAUAUGUCACUUAGCUGCAGCUGUGAGAUCAAACGAGGACUACCAUCCAAAAUCC